AUGAACACGAUUUGGCUUGUGGUGCUUACACCGUUGUUUGCAGCAGCCGAGAAGCGCAAGCGAUCGAGGAACUGGAACAUUCACGAGGUGCUGCUGCUGGUGCAAGCCAAAAAGGACGAGUGGGAGAGGACCGAGAGCAGCAAGAGCAGCAAGUUCGAGAGCGCGGUGGACAAAUGGGUCAAGGUGGUGGAGUUUCUGCGGGAGAAUGGGAUCAUGGACCGGGACCUGGACCAGUGCAGGGGGAAGUGGGACAAUCUGCUGUCCGACUUCAAGACGAUCAAAGAAUGGCACCGCAGCGUCAAGGCAACUCCCUACACAUGCCUCACCAAGGAGCAGAAGAAGCAAAACAAGCUGCCUGCCUUGUUUGACACCCGGGUGAUUGAUCUGCUCGAGAGCUUCUAUGGCACCCGGUCCAAGUUGAUGGUGGCGGAGGAUCAUCACCAACAACAGAGACAAAGCUACACCGCCACCAACAAUAACACCAACACUAACAGCAACAACAUGAGCGCGGUUGAGACAGCUCUGGCCAUUGCUGCUUGUGCGACGACUCCGCCAUCAGCCACAGCUACUACAGGGCUUGGAGUGCCCCACAAGAAGAUUAAAUCUAGCACCACCAGCAGCAAAGACAACAGCAACAACCACAUCAGCGUCUCUGGCAGCUGA